AUGAUUUGCAUAAACCUUAUUUUUCUUUUUUUUGCAUUCGUGAUCAUACAUUCUUCGUAUUCUUAUAUUCUGCUGACCGCCAACAUGGAAGACGUACACGCGCUCGCUAAGCAGCUGGCUACGUCGCCAGUAGUCCAUGAAAUCGGCAAAAUGUGGCGUCGAGCUUCUAGUCAGUUUCGAAGGCAAAUCGCUCGUGACGCACGCAGGCAUGGUGACAGUGAUACUGAUGAAGAGUCAAAGGAGACGGAAGAAGACAGAAAUAUGAGAAGAAUAGUUAAGAAUCUGAUAGCUUUGGCCAAGGACACAGGCUACCUCGGUCCUAUGAAACGCGCCUUGGAAAUCAUUAAGCCCAAAAUAGAACUUAAUAAAUAA